AUGUCUUUGUAUGACGAUUUCGAUGUCGUUAAACAAAAAUCUGACGGCUGGUCUUCGGGCAUGAAGCUCUUCCAGUCGCAAAUGCAGUUGAAAAAAGCAGCUCAAACUCAGCCAAGAAGAGAAGCAACCCGUAAAUCCACAUCAGUUUUAGCACCAGUAAUUGAUUUAAAGAAAAAAGAUGAUGACGAAUCCAUGUUUGACCCAGGACUUGGCUUUACAAUUUUUCCCAUGGCCCGAGAAGGAAAAAAACCACAACGUCCAUCAUUUCCACCUAUGGAUUGGACUUUUGAUGGCAAUGAAUAUGACCCCAUGAUUCCAAAUGAUUACGAAAGAGUUGUUAGAGAUUUAAGAGACAUGCGAGAUAAAGAAAAAGAAAAAGAAGAUGACGAAAGACGAAAACGAAGAGAAGAGCGAAAUAAAAAUAGAGACCCUGGUUACAAUAUGAUGGAUUUACCAGCUGGCUUUACACCCAACACAGAUGAAAGACGCAAAACAGGAUUUACCGGAUUUGGUGGACGUAAAGAUAGUGAUAGCGAAGAAGAUGAACCAAAACCCAUGAGUAGAAUCCCUGGUGCAGCAAUCGCUCCACCACCAUCAUUGCAGGAAUCAUUUGUAUCAUCACCUGGACCUCAACAGUCUUCUGGAAUUGGCAUGGGCAUGGGUGUUGCUGCUAAAAUAAUGGCCAAAUAUGGUUUUAAGGAAGGACAAGGAUUGGGGAAGAAAGAACAAGGUAUUUCAGUGGCUUUACAAGUAGAAAAAACAAGUAAAAGAGGUGGCAGGAUUAUUCAUGAGAAACCAGGUGGUAAUGUUUCACCACCACCUAUGACUUCUAUGGCUGCUAUGAUACAAGAUGAUUUUGUAGCACCUGCUCCGCCACCUCCUAAACCUCUACAAAGUAUCACAGAAAUAAUGAAAGAACAAUCAAAGGUAGUACUACUACGAAAUAUGGUUGGACCUGGUGAGGUUGAUCAAGAUCUUGAACCUGAAGUAAAGGAUGAAUGCAACACUAAAUAUGGGGAUGUCAACAAAGUAGUUAUAUACGAAGUUCCAAAUGUUGAUCAUGAAGAAGCUGUACGAAUAUUUGUGGAAUUUAAACGUAUAGAAUCAGCAAUCAAAGCUGUUGUAGACCUAAACGGUAGAUUUUUUGGUGGUAGACAAGUAAAAGCUGGAUUUUAUAGUGCAGAAAAAUUAAAUAGCUAUCAGCUCCUCGAUUAA